AUGCGCUGCUAUAUCUGCCUCGCCAAAGUUGUCACAGCAAUGUACGUUGAUCACGACAACGAUUCUAUGCUGAUCCUCACCGAUCACGAUGCUCCAAUGUUCAAGUUAAUUAGAAUCUCAUUGAAAGAUAAAUCAAUUAAAGAAGUCAUACCUGAAAAUCCUCGUCACAAGUUGGAUUGGGCUAGACCAGUUGCUAACGAUCGCCUUAUUGUCUCUUAUAUUGAAGAUGUGAAGCAUGUCGUUAUAUGUGCAUGA